UUAUCCCAACGCGUAUGCCCAACCUUUCAUUUGCCCUGCAGCCAACCUUAGAAGAGCAGCCUACAGCCUUUUAUCCCAAGGACCAUCAAGCAACCCGAAACCAGCUUUGCACGGUCUUCAAUUCAUCAUCUCAGCCAUACCCUGUACCACAAGCAUCUCUCUUAGUGGCCAACAGAUUUUAAUCUUAGUCUUACCCGCUUGUCUCUGAUUCGCAUCGCGUAAGAGACACCAAAGCUUGGGUAUCGCAAAAUUCCCCGCCGCCCCGCGCGUUGCUUGUCCCCGAUAAUGAUGGACUACGCGCAAUAUCAGCAACCAGGACAGUCGGCGCAUUCUGGUUACACAAAUUCAGGUGCUGGUAACAACAUUACUUCACCAACAAGUCACAGCAUACACACACACGGCGUUCAAACCUCACCAAUCCUACCUUCUCAACAUCAGACUUCCACCCCGGGACAGAAUCACAACAUGUAUCAAACCCAGUACGGAGUACCCCAACAGGGGAUGCACUACGGUGUACCCCAGAUUCAAGCAGCAGCGAUGGCCGCGACCGCUGCAGCGGCUGGUGGAACCGGUUACUCUGGUUACAUGCCUUCCGACUCUGGCCUUCCUCAGAACUCUCCGAGAAUGACGGCCGGCGGCAAGAAGGAUUCGCGAGAUCCCCGAUCACCCCAACAAUUAAAUAAUGUCAAUCAGCUACCCGGUCGUCGCUUAAGCCAGGUCACAAGCCCUGGCGUCCCGAAUGCGCCCAUGAUGAAUCACACCAAUGCCCGUUCCGCCGUAGCGCCGCCCCCAAUGCCCCCAACACAAUCGAUGCCGCCGCCGCAAUCACCCGAGAUGACAGCGGGUGCCGAAGAGUCACCACUAUAUGUUAAUGCCAAGCAAUUUCAUCGCAUUCUUAAGAGGAGAGUAGCUCGACAACGCUUAGAAGAGGCCCUGCGCCUGACUAGUAAGGGUAGAAAGCCUUAUCUUCAUGAGUCGCGCCACAACCAUGCAAUGCGACGGCCUCGCGGUCCCGGUGGACGGUUCUUAACCGCAGAAGAGGUGGCCGAGAUCGAGAGGAAUAAGGGCGGAGGCGACGAUAAGGAUGGGGGUGCUGUCGAAACAGUAACCGCUAAAGCCGGCUCCAAGAGGAAAUCCGAGUCUAAUUCCAACGCGCCGAAUAAGAAGGCGAAAACGGAAACCGUGACAGACGAGGAUGAAGACGACGACGCUGAGGAAGACAGCUAAAAGUUCCGAUGCACACAAAUAACCAUUUGCUUUGUCAACCGUUACGAUGUUAUGAUCAAACUCCAUUCAUACAGCCUAUACCUUUCCGUAUUCGGUCUUGGGCGAUGGGAGCAUAGUAGGGAGUCAUUUUAGGAAGGAUGAAUGCGUUGACUGCGCUGCUUUUUUUUUAGUGGGUGGUCAGUGCGAUCUUGAUUUUUGACUCGAGGGUCCCGGAACUCCACCGGUGGAAAUAUCAGUGAGGCGUCAGGA